AUGGUUUUAGGAGAGCUUUGCGGGCAGAUUACCCGCGCCUUGCAGCAGAUGAGCAAUGUGACAAUUAUCGAUGAGAAGGCUCUGAAUGAUUGCUUGAACGAGAUCACACGAGCUCUUCUCCAGUCCGAUGUUUCUUUCGCUCUUGUGAGGGAGAUGCAGAGCAAUAUCAAGAAGAUCGUCAAUCUCGAGGAGCUAGCAACCGGCCACAACAAGCGACGGAUCAUUGAGCAGGCUAUUUUUACUGAACUCUGUAAGAUGUUGGAUCCAGGAAAGCCUGCCUUUGCCCCCAAAAAGGCAAAAGCAAGUGUAGUUAUGUUCGUCGGAUUAAAAGAUAGAUUGUAUGCUGAUACUUUUAGGGCCGGUGCUUUCGAUCAGCUGAAACAGAAUGCCACCAAGGCUAGGAUCCCCUUUUAUGGAAGGUACUCAAAGCAACCACCUUUGCCAUGA